CAGAGCAGCUAUAGAACAGCUCACCAUCCCAGGAAGUUUUAUUAGACUUCGGUGAUCCUAGACCACUAAUAAAGCUGUUAUUUUGAUCCCUAACACACGUGUUUUUCAUAAUUGAUACAGAAUCCAUGAACUAACCCAAAACUCCAACACGGUGGAAAGGAGUUGAGUGCCCUGAACCCUAGCCAUGGCCCAGUACAAGGGCACCAUGCGGGAGGCGGGCCGCGCCAUGCACCUGAUCCGGAAGCGGGAGAAGCAGAAGGAGCAGAUGGAGGUGCUGAAGCAGCGCAUUGCGGAGGAGACCAUCACCAAGUCAAAGGUGGACAAGAAGUUCUCGGCACACUACGACGCAGUGGAAGCAGAACUGAAGUCGAGCACGGUGGGCCUGGUGACCCUGAACGACAUGAAGGCCAAACAGGAGGCCCUGCUGAAGGAGCGGGAGAUGCAGCUGGCCAAGAAGGAGCAGCUGGAGGAGCGCCGGCUGCAGCUGGAGACACUGCGAGAGAAAGCGCGAAGGCACCAGCAGAAACGCAAGAUCUCUAGCCUGUCCUUCUCAGUGGAAGAGACGGAGGAGGAGGAGGGCGCAGGUGAGCAGGGGCCUGAGAGGGCGGAUGUGACCCAGAAGAGGAAGAACCUGGGGAAGAAUCCAGACGUGGACACGAGCUUCCUGCCGGACCGGGACCGUGAAGAGGAAGAGAAUCGCCUGCGGGAGGAGCUGCGCAAAGAGUGGGAGGCUCAGCGCGAGAAGGUCAAGAGCGAGGAGAUGGAGGUCACCUUCAGCUACUGGGAUGGCUCAGGGCAUCGGCGCACUGUGCGUGUGAACAAGGGCAGCACUGUGCAGCAGUUCCUUAAGAAGGCCCUGCAGGGCCUGCGCAAGGACUUCAAGGAGCUGCGCGCUGCUGGCGUGGAGCAGCUCAUGUACAUCAAGGAGGACCUGAUCCUGCCCCACUACCACACCUUCUACGACUUCAUCGUCACCAAGGCGCGUGGCAAGAGCGGGCCGCUCUUCAGCUUCGACGUGCACGAUGACGUGCGGCUGCUGAGCGACGCCACCAUGGAGAAGGAUGAGUCGCACGCGGGGAAGGUGGUGCUGCGCAGCUGGUACGAGAAGAACAAGCACAUCUUCCCAGCCAGCCGCUGGGAGCCCUACGACCCCGAGAAGAGGUGGGAUAAGUACACUAUCCGGUGAACACCUCUUCUUCCGGUCCAUCUCUUUAUCUUGCGGCCCUGGCCAGUCCCUCUGCUUGAGCAAGAUCAGAUGAACCAGAAUAGGAAAGUGGGGAAGAAAACACUUAGGUUUCUAUGGACUGUCACCUAUCACUUAAUUUGGUAAUCUUAAUUUCAUCCAUGAAAUUUAAUAAAGAGGGUUUAUAUUAUUAAAAUCUGGUCAUU